GGUCUGAGAGUUCGGAGCGCUGAGGUUCAGGCGCGCGCCUAACGGCUUAGCUGGGCUCACUCGGUCUGAGAGGUCGGAGUCUGCGAGUGCCGCUGCUGAAGGCUGUGGUGGACCGGGCUGGAUCGCGGAUUCUGAGCUACAUUGCGGGUUUGGGGGUGGAUCUUGGAUUUGGGGGUGGAUCGCGGGUUGGGGGGGGGAUCGCGGAUUUGGGGCUGAGUGGGGGUGGAAAGGCCACGAGGAGCCGCCGCGGCUCAGGAGCGGGUGGUGGGCGUCUGAGAAGUCGCCACCAUGAGGAAGCUCUUCAGCUUCGGGAGACGCCUGGGCCAGGCGCUCCUGAGCUCCAUGGACCAAGAGUAUGCGGGUCCGGGUUACGACAUUCGGGACUGGGAACUGCGGAAGAUCCACAGGGCUGCCAUCAAGGGCGACGCCGCGGAGGUGGAGCGCUGCCUGACGCGCAGGUUUCGGGACUUGGACGCCCGCGACAGAAAAGACAGGACUGUUCUACAUUUGGCCUGUGCCCAUGGCCGUGUGGAAGUGGUCACUCUCUUGCUGCACAGAAGAUGCCAGAUCGACAUCUGUGACAGACUAAACAGGACACCUUUAAUGAAGGCUGUACACGGCCAGGAAGAGGCUUGUGCCAUCCUUCUCCUGGAAUGUGGCGCCAAUCCAAACAUUAAGGAUAUCUACGGCAACACUGCUCUCCAUUAUGCCGUGUAUAAUAAGGGGACUUCACUGGCAGAAAGACUGCUUUCCCACCAUGCAAAUAUUGAAGCACUAAACAAGGAGGGAAACACUCCACUUUUGUUUGCUAUAAAUUCCAGGAGACAGCAUAUGGUGGAAUUUUUAUUGAAGAACCAGGCAAAUAUACAUGCCGUUGACAAUUUCAAAAGAACAGCCCUCAUACUUGCAGUACAGCAUAACUUGUCAAGUAUCGUCACCCUCCUGCUUCAACAAAAUAUACGUAUCUCUUCUCAAGACAUGUUUGGCCAAACUGCCGAGGAUUAUGCUUUUUGUUGUGAUUUGAGAAGCAUCCGACAACAAAUUUUGGAACAUAAAAAUAAGAUGCUUAAAAAUCAUCUUCGAAAUGACAAUCAAGAAACAGCAGCUAUGAAGCCUGCAAAUAUGAAAAAAAGAAAAGAACGUGCAAAAGCAGAACACAACCUAAAAGUGGCUUCAGAGGAAAAGCAAGAAAGGCUCGAAAGAAGUGAAAAUAAACAGCCACAGGAUUCUCAAAGUUACGGAAAAAAGAAGGAUGCGAUGUAUGGAAAUUUUAUGUUGAAGAGAGACAUUGCCAUGCUCAAAGAGGAAUUAUAUGCAAUAAAAAAUGACAGUCUCAGAAAGGAAAAUAAAUAUAUUCAGGAAAUUAAAAGCAUUACAGAAAUAAAUGCUAAGUUUGAAAAGAGUGUAAGACUCAAUGAAGAAAUGAUAACAAAAAAAGUGGCCCAGUAUUCGCAACAGCUUAAUGAUCUGAAAGCUGAGAAUGCAAGGCUGAAUUCAGAAUUGGAGAAGGAAAAACACAACAAAGAAAGACUAGAAGCUGAAGUUGAAUCCCUCCAUUCUAACCUGGCCACUGCUAUAAAUGAGUACAAUGAAAUUGUGGAAAGAAAAGACCUAGAACUAGUUUUACGGAGAGCAGAUGAUGUUUCUAGACAUGAAAAAAUGGGUUCUAAUAUUUCUAAACUAACAGAUAAGAAUGAGUUGCUUACUGAACAGGUCCAUAAAGCUCGGGUGAAGUUCAAUACCUUAAAAGGUAAGCUCCGUGAGACAAGAGAUGCUCUCAGGGAAAAGACAUUGGCUUUAGGAAGUGUACAGCUGGACCUAAGGCAAGCACAGCAUCGAAUAAAGGAAAUGAAGCAGAUGCAUCCAAAUGGGGAAGCUAAAGAAAGUCAAUCCAUUGGAAAGCAGAACUCUUUAGAGGAGAGAAUACGUCAACGAGAACUUGAAAAUCUCUUGCUUGAACGACAACUAGAGGAUGCUCGUAAGGAAGGCGAUAAUAAAGAGAUAGUCAUUAAUAUCCACAGAGACUGUCUUGAGAAUGGAAAGGAAGAUCUUCUAGAAGAAAGAAAUAAGGAAUUAAUGAAAGAAUAUAAUUAUUUAAAAGAAAAACUGCUUCAGUAUGAAAAAGAAAAAGCAGAAAGAGAAGUGAUUGUGAGAGAAUGUCAAGAAGAACUGGUCGAUCACCUUAAAAAAUUUUCAAAUUCAGAGUCUCCACUGGAAGGUACAUCACAUUGUCAUAUUAAUUUGGAUGAGACAUGGACUUCAAAGAAGAAAUUAUUUCAAGUAGAAAUUCAACCUGAAGAAAAACAUGAAGAAUUCAGAAAACUUUUUGAAUUAAUAUCAUUACUGAACUAUACUGCGGAUCAAAUAAGAAAGAAAAAUCGUGAAUUAGAAGAAGAGGCAACUGGAUCUAAGAAAUGCCUAGAAAUGACAAUAAAUAUGUUAAAUGCAUUUGCAAAUGAAGACUUCAGUUGCCAUGGAGACUUAAAUACAGACCAACUGAAAAUGGAUAUUCUGUUUAAGAAGCUAAAACAGAAGUUUAAUGAUCUUGUGGCCGAGAAGGAAGCUGUGUCUUCAAAAUGUGUCAAUUUGGCCAAAGACAAUGAAGUUCUUCAUCAGGAGUUAUUAUCUAUGAGAAAAGUACAAGAGAAAUGUGAAAAACUUGAGAAGGAUAAAAAGAUGUUGGAAGAAGAAGUAUUAAAUCUUAAGACACAUAUGGAAAAAGAUAUGGUAGAACUUGGUAAACUACAAGAAUAUAAAUCGGAGCUGGAUGAAAGGGCAGUGCAGGAAAUAGAAAAAUUAGAAGAAAUCCAUUUACAGAAACAAGCAGAAUAUGAAAAACAAUUAGAGCAGUUAAACAAGGAUAAUACGGCUUCACUAAAAAAGAAGGAACUCACACUUAAAGAUGUGGAAUGUAAAUUCUCCAAAAUGAAAACUGCUUAUGAAGAGGUUACAACUGAAUUAGAAGAAUUUAAGGAAGCCUUUGCAGCAGCACUGAAAGCUAACAAUUCCAUGUCAAAAAAAUUAACGAAAUCGGAUAAGAAAAUAGCAGUGAUCAGCACCAAGCUCUUUACGGAGAAACAGCGAAUGAAAUAUUUUCUCAGCACUCUUCCUACAAGGCCAGAACCAGAGUUACCUUGUGUUGAAAAUCUUAAUAGUAUAGAACUCAACAGAAAAUAUAUUCCCAAAACGGCCAUAAGAAUUCCUACUUCAAACCCACAGACUUCAAAUAACUGCAAGAACUCCUUGACUGAGAUGGACCUGGACCGUGUAGAACAAAUAAUUACAGGAACAAAGAAAAGUUUUGCUAUGUUGAGCACUUGCUCCCGUCUACUUUCUUUUGUAGAAUCCACUGCACCGAGGAAGCACAGGCGAGCCCUUCCCAUCAUGCGCUCACUAGUCCCCAACAGAAGAACCGCUGUCGCAUCCACUGAGUUAGAGACACACAGCAGUCUCUGUGAGUGGCUCUGCAUGAAGGAUUGUUUUCUAGGUGAAAAGCACAUCUCAACACAGCUGACUGAUCGGACUCAGCAAUUCCAUUCUGCAUCUCCUCUGGACACCCCCAGGACCACCAGGACAACCCCAUCAUGGCCCUGUCACCAGGCCCAGUCUGGCUCCGUGAUAACCAAGAUGCAGGUCCAGAGACAACCGCCCUACUUGGUUCCUGCAUCUGACCCCCCUUGGUGGGUAGUGACCAGCCCAACAUGGAAGAAGCCAGGGCAGCAUGCAGCCAGCUGCCCUGCAGCCCCAGAUGGCACCUGGGCCUUGGGAAGUCAUUCUCAAAGGGGAAGCUGGAAACUUUGAUGUCCCUGGAGGGAAGGGUGAACGUGUAAUCCGAGCAACCCUGGCAGCCAGCAGCAUCUUGUCAUCCAACCUGUGGGACAGAGGCCCCCU